CAGGGCUUCACCAACCAGAACUGUCUCCACACUGAUUACACCAAACAGGCUUAAAGGUCUGACUCGGCUUGAUCACACUUAAUCAGGUGUACAGAGUACUACCACAUCUUUGAACCAGGAUAAUUUAACAAAGGUCCAACAACAAUGGCGUCUGUUCAGUUCCGCCAAGCCCUUCUCAUGCUCAAACUUGGGACUGAAGACAGUCAUUCAUCUGAUGUCGGAGAGGACAUGACGUGUCCAAAAUGUCUGCCGUCGUCGCAGCUCGACUACAGCUUGUUCCGCCGAGGUUCCAUGGAGAUGCCAGAGAUGUGCUUGUGUAAAGACAGCUGCCUCAGUCUCCGACGUCAGUCCGUUCACUGGGCAGAUGAAAGUCACCCGAGUCUGGAGACACCUAGAUCUCAGACAAGGAACGCCAAGAGAAACAAGCCAAGGUCCAUUCUCAAGACAAAGGAGAGUGAAAAGAACUCGUGAGGAGCUAUCCUACACUAACUGACAAGACGAAGAGCAGACAUGACCUGGUACCUCAGCAGGACAGGUGCUUGACGGUAGUAUCUGACUGUAGGUUGAAGGUGCAAUACACGAAGUUACUGGGACUGUCCCCUAACAAGAGAUCUAGAUGUCCUAUAUUCGACGCAUCCACCAUCUUUAUGGGCGUAUACUGCCAAUCACCCCUCGAUGGCGCAAUGGAGAAGCUGUGCACGUUUCCUGAGUGUCAUUGCUUAUUGACAAUUGUGACGUCACUACG